UAAAAAUAUUUGUUCUAUUGUUUUAAAAAAUUAAGCUUAACAAGAAGCUUUUGUCAUCAUGCAUCCAUUUAUAAUUAUCAACGAUUUUAUACCCCAUACCUUGGAGGAAUACUCUAAAAAUGGAUUUUCAAAUUUUAAGCAAAAUUUUGGCCAAUACUUACAGCAGCUUAUAAUAAAUGAUUCUCAAUAUAUACAAUGGAAAAAUGGAAAACAUAAUCCCAGAGCAUACAACUUGGAGCAAUAUAUGAAAAAUGUUUUAAAGAAAAGACAACCAAGUACAACAAAUGAAAACGGACUUUUAAUAACAAUUGAUGAAUUAGUUCCCUUUUUCAUUGAGGAAUGUUUGCAGAACUUUCUACCUGUAAAUCCCUGUUUUGCCAAUUAUUAUCUACAUUUACUAAUACGUGACAGUCAAGAUGGCUUCCAAUUGAACGAGCACUCCCAUAGUCUAAGUAUAUGCGAAGUAGAGAAUUUUUUAGAGCGAGCUUUGGCAAAAUAUAAAAAUCCAUUGGAUGCUACCAUGUGUAACAUGAAAAUAUCGCAUUUUUGUAGGAAUACUCAAGAAUUAUGUUUGGAUUUUGUUAAAGAAAAAUACGAAUUGAAUUUUAAUGACAAGUUAAAACAACUAAUAAAUAGUAUUUUACAAUAUCCAGAGACUAGUACUGACAAGCAAUUAGAGGAAAUGUUUGUCAAAAUGCAAGUGUUCAUUAUAACGAAUUAUCAUAUCGGUUGUCCUAAAAACAGUGUAAUUUUGAAACAAUGUCGCCAAAGUUUAAAUAGUGUAUUGGGCAAAGGAGAUAUACAAAAAUAUGUCCUAAGGAAAAGAUAUCACCGUUUGGAAUACCUACAAAAAUUAGGAGCCACUGUAGCUGGUAUUUUAAUAUUUAAUAACCAAGGACCCCAAGGUGACAAGGGAAAUAUGCGCAAUAUAUUUGCUGAUUUAAACAUGGCUAAAUGUAAUACCAAAGAAUCCUUAGAAGAAGGCAUUGAACGUGCUCUCUUUUUUAAACAGAGAGGAACUAAAGUCGUACAAGAACUAAUUAAAAUAAAUGUCCAACUGAAAAAUAUCUCUUGUUUAAGGCCUCUGACUCAAGUGCGUGAAGUCAAUAAAUUUGUUGUCUUAUUUGAGGUAUACAGCAAAAAUUUGGAAAAGGCAAAGGCAGCUUUUGAAAAAACUCUCUAUUUAAUAGAAAUGGCUGAAAAAAAAUUUGAUUGUGUGGUGGAAAAAAUCAAUGAUAUCUUAAAAUAUCGUUCUGCCAUCGAAUCGGAGUUAAUUUUUCCACAUUUUGUCUAUCUCUCCGAAAUAUGGACAUCAUUGGUGUUGUAUUUGAAUCAUUUAGUUGAAAUAAAUAAAAUCAAAGAUCAGUUAGAUGACGUAUUGGAGGAAAAACUGGAAAACAAAUUCAAUCUGCUGUUAGAGGAACUAGGCGAUUCAAGCAAACAUCUACAACAUCCUUUAAAUCACACAUUUCACGAACUCUUGAAGUUAAAUGUCGAACGUGAAAGUAAACUCAAUAUGUUAAAUAUAAAACCAUUUGUUAAGGAUUAUUGUGCUGUAACAAUGGCUUUGACUGGUGGAUUUUUGGCUCCCUCACAAGUGGAAAAGAAACUAUGUGAAAAUCUUGAUUUCUCUUUCGGUUUUGCCAACAUGGAAUAUGCCAAAUUUGCCGAACAUUACUUCAAGGAUUUUAUACAAGUUUUUCGCAACACAAUUUUAACAUGUAGCGAUUUAAUUUUACUGUUCCAGCUUGAUGACGAAGUUAUGCAACAAGAUUUUGAUUUAAUUCACCAAACGAAGACUAAAACCAAAACAUUAGAAACACAAACCGAAAACAUUUUAUCUAAUGACCUCUUGCCAAAGAAUCCCAAUAACGUAAGCUGGAAUGUUUGGGAUUUUCAUCGCGAAACCAUAAAUUUAGCCAAUAUUAGAAGAAGACAAACGCAUUCGUCGCAAUCAAAAUUGUGUUAUGGCAUAAGAAAUGCUCAAAAUCAAACUGAUAUAAAAUCCAAUAAAGGAUCGUAAAUUACAGUAUACUUUUAAACUUACCCUUUUU